CACACACACACACACACACACAUACACACACAAACAGAGAGGAGAGGGAGAGCAGCAAGUCCUCCCAAACAAACACUCAGCCAUGAGUAGCAUCGGCUAUGAACCCUACUUCGGCUCCUCCUCAUACCGACGCUGGUAUGCAGAACCAGGCUCUCGUACGGUGGUGACCAGAGGGAGGUCCCACUCUGUUUACUCCUCCCACGCUUCCCCGUAUUCCUCUGCCCGUCCGCAGUACUCCUCUCCUGGCCGGGUGCUGCUCUCCUCCUCCUCUCCAGCAUCCUCCCUGGAGCUGGAGCUCAGCCAGGCGGCCCAGAUCAGCUCUGAAUUUCGCACCGUCCGCACCCAAGAACGUGCUCAGCUGCAGGAGCUCAACGACCGCUUUGCCGGCUUCAUCGAACGUGUGAGGGAGCUGGAACAGCAGAACCGUGCCCUGGAGGCAGAACUCCUAUUACUGAGACAGAGGCACACCGAACCAUCCCGCCUGCGAGCCCUGUAUGAGCAGGAGGCCCGGGCUCUCAGGGCUGCUGUGGACGAGGCCAGGGCUGAGCAGCAGGCGGUGCUGGGCCAGAGAGAGCGUCUGGAACAAACCUUGAGUUCCCUACAGGCCCGCUAUGAAGAGGAGGUGCUGGCUCGUGAGGAGGCUGAGGCCAGGCUCAUGGAGAUGCGCCGUGGGGCUGACCAGGCCGCCUUAGCCAGGUCUGAGCUGGAGAAGCGUGUGGAAACCCUGUUGGAGGAGCUUGCCUUUCUCAAGAAGAUCCAUGAAAGUGAGGUGGUCGAGCUUCAGGCGCAGGCCCAGCUGGGGGUCCAGGUGGCCGUGGAGUCUGAGGCUGCCACUCCGGACCUCUCUGGGGCUCUGAGGGACAUCCGGGCCCAGUAUGAGAGGCUGGCAGCCAGGAACAUGCAGUCUGCUGAGGAGUGGUUCAGAGGAAAGGUGGGCUCCCUGACUGAAAGCGUGGCCCAGCACACAGACGCCGUCAGGACCUCCAAGGAUGAAGCGGGAGAGUACCGUCGCCAGCUCCAGGCCCGCCUGUUGGAGAUUGACGCAUGCAGAGGCCUCAACGAGUCUCUGGAGAAACAACUGCACGAGAUGGAGGAGAAGCAGAGUGCUGAGAUCGCCGCCAUGCAGGACACCAUUGGGGAGCUGGAGAACGAGCUGAGAGGCACCAAACAGGAAAUGGCCCGCUACCUGAAAGAGUAUCAAGACCUUCUGAAUGUCAAAAUGGCUUUGGAUAUUGAGAUCGCUGCAUACAGGAAGCUCUUGGAGGGGGAGGAGUCUCGCUUCAGCUGGGAGUGGCCGGGGGGGGUCUCGGCUCUGUACAGCCACACAGCGCCCUCCUUCGCCCGGCCCAUCUUCUCCAGCGUGAGCUCCGGCGCCUCCUACCUGAUGACCUCGCGCCUCCUCAGCUCCACCUUCACCACCACCGAAGAGGUCAUCUCUCCCAGCCAGAUUCAAAAAGCAGAGGCCAGCCCGCCUGGAGAGGAGGAGGGCGAGGAGGAGGAGGUCAAAGAGGAGGAAGAAGAAGAGGAGAAGGGCGAGGAGGGAGGAGAGGAGAAGGAGGAGGGAGGAGAGGAAGAGCAGGAAGAGAAGGAAGAUGGAGAGGAGGCCAAAGAAGGAGAAGAAGGUGGUGAGGAGGGUGAGGAGGCCGCAGAGGCUACAGAAGCAGCUGAAGAUGACGGGGAGAAAGAGGAAGACAAAGGAGAAGGAGAGGAAGCCGAGGGCAAGGAAGAGGCAGAAGACGGAGACAAGAAAGAAGAAUCUGAUGACAAAGACGACGGCGCAAAAGACGAAGAGAAAGAGGAGAAGGAAGAAGAAGAAGAAGCAAAAGGUGAGGAGAAGAAAGAAGAUAAAGCCGACGCCAAGAAAGAGGACAAGGCUGACGACAAACCCGACGAGAAGAAAGACGAUAAAGCCGGCGAGAAGGCAGACGACAAAGGCGGCGAGAAAGACGACAGCAAAGACGAGAAGGACGAGGGAAAGGCGGCCAAGCCCGAGAAGAAGAGCGAAGCCCCCGCGGAGGAGAAGAAGGCGGAUGAGACCAAGGCGAAGAAGUAAGCCAGCAACCGCAGCAUCUUUCAGUCUGGGCCGUCCACAUACUGAACAAAUCUCCGCUUGAUAAACCGUAGAGGCAUUAAAUUAUCCUCUCCAGUCUGCUUGUUAACAUGGUGCUCAAUAAAAAACAGUCCAGUAGAGUCAAUUACUGCAGCGAAUCAAGGUUAACUGCUUGCCAAUACACAGAAUAGUCCAUAAACGCCCGGUUACACAGUUCCUGGUGUGUGUGUGUGUAUAACCGACUGUAUGCAAACCUGCGAGUGUAUGGGUUUUGUGUGGAUAAAUAAAUAC